AUGCGCGCCGCUGCGCUGCUGCUGCUCGCCCUGCUCCCGCUCCGGCCGCUGCCCGGCCGCGCCGCCCGCCCCAAGCUCGCCCUGCCCAUCCGGCCCGACACGGAGCCGCUGCCCCCCGGCGGGGCGGCAGGCUGCGCCUUCGGGGGGCACUUCUAUGCUCUGGAGGAGACGUGGCACCCGGACCUGGGGGAGCCCUUCGGGGUGAUGCGCUGCGUUAUCUGUCACUGCGAGCCGCAGAGGAACCACCGGGGGAAGCCCGUGGGGAAAGUGAACUGCAAGAACAUGAAGCAGGACUGCCCUGUGCCUGCCUGUGCCCGGGCCACGCUGCUGCCAGGACACUGCUGUCACACCUGCCCCAAAGAGAAGAGCCCUGCACUCCGGUUUGACACCUUGGAGUACUUCCAGGAGAAGGAGGAUGACCUGGACAAGCCCUACAAUGACCGCUCCUACCUGAGCUCGGAGGGCCUGGCUCGGGAUGAUGCCCGCACAGAGUUUGUGGCCCUGCUGACGAGCGGCCCAGAGCCGUGGCACCCCACAUCCAGCGCCGUGGCCAAGGCUCGCUUCACGCUGCUGCGCUCCUCCCUGCUCUUCUCCAUCAGCUACGAGCGGCUGGGGCGGCCGAGCCGGGUGCGUUUCAGUGACCCCGAGGGUAACGUGCUGUUUGAACACCCCGUGCAGAGGAGCGCUGCCCCCGAGGAUGGCAUGCCACCGCCCAGCCAUUCCAUCCAUCACCCACAGCUCUGUGGAAUGUGGAGGACAGUGUCCAAAGUCAACGUCCAGCUGCUGCGGCGGGAACAGCUCCGCGUGUCCCUCAUCACCCGGGCACAGCCCUCCGGAGAGGUCCAUGGGCACAUCCUCAAGCACCGGGCACUCUUUGCAGAGACAUUCGGUGCCAUCCUGACCUCGUCGAACCCCUUGCACUUGGGCGCUGGGGGCAUGGCCAUGCUGACACUGAGUGACACAGAGAACAACCUGCACUUCAUCCUCAUGGCCCGGGGACUGCUGGAGCCUGGAGCAAGAGAAUCCCCGUGGGUCCCGCUGAGGGUCCGCAUCCUGCACCAGGGCCAGACGCUACGCGAGGUCCACGCCAACAUCACUGUGGAGGACCCCGACUUUGCAGAGGUGCUGAAUGACCUGUCUGCCCAAGAGCUGCAGUGGCUGGUGCAGGGGCAGCUCCGCAUCGUGGCCGAGACGGAGGGGCGGCACGCACGGCAGCUGGCUGGCACCAUCACCACCCGCCGCAGCUGUGACACCAUCCAGAGUGUGCUAUGUGGAGCAGACGCUUUGCUGCCGACCAAGACCGGGGCUGUGGGCUCAGCCAAGCUGGCGCUGCAUGAGAAUGGCACCCUGGAGUACCAGGUGCAGGUGGUGGGCACUGCCAGUGAGGUGGUGGGCAUCACACUGGAGACCAAACCCCGACGGAAAAGCAAGAGGAACAUCCUUUUUGACAUGACACCCAGCUACAAGGAUGGGCUGGCCUGGGGUGCCUGGCAGAGCCCCAGCGCCCGCGAUGCCCACAUGCUUCUACAAAACGAGCUCUUCCUCAACGUGGCCACCAAAGACUGGGCAGAGGGUGAGCUGCGGGGCCAGAUCAUCUCCCUGCCCUACAGUGGACUGCUCGCCCGCUACACAGAGAUGCCCGUGGCGCUGGCGGGGCAGCUGGUGUCCCCCCCGGUGCCCAGCGGCGCGGGGGGGCACGCCUGGCUCUCGCUGGAUGAGCACUGCCACCUGCACUACGAGAUCUCGGUGGCGGGACUGGGACGGCCGAGCGACGGCACCGUCAGCGCCCACAUCCACGGCGUGGCCGAGCUGGGGGAGAUGGGCACCCGCCCCCACCAGCACAAGCGCCUGCUCAAGGGCUUCUACAGCACUGAGGCUCAGGGCGUGGUGAAGGACCUGGAUGCCGACCUGCUGCAGCACCUGGCCCAGGGCACUGCUUUCCUGCAAGUCAGCACCAAAGCUCACCCCAAUGGGGAGAUGCGGGGACGGGUGCACAUUCCCAACCAGUGCCAUGCAGGAGGGACCCGCCUGGCCCCAGGGGAGUCUCUGGGGCAGGCUGAGCUCUCAGAGAGCACCAAGACCAGGGACCUGGAGCAGCUGAAGAAGGACCCCAACUCCUGCUUCUUUGAGGGUCAGCACCGGGCACAUGGCAGCCGCUGGGCACCUGACUAUGACAAGAAGUGCUCUAUCUGCAGCUGCCAGAAGCGCACAGUGAUCUGCGACCCCAUCUUGUGCCAGCCCCUCAACUGUACCCACCAGGUGCACCCCGAAGAGCUGUGCUGCCCCAUCUGUGAAGAGAAGAAGACAGAGCAGGAAGAGCUGAAGCUGGAGCGGGCACGGGACAGCAGCGAGGGCUGCUACUUUGACGGUGACAAGACAUGGCGAGGCUCUGGCACCCGCUGGCACCCUGUCGUGCCCCCGUUUGGCCUCAUCAAAUGUGCCAUUUGUACCUGCAAGGGCACUACAGGUGAAGUGCACUGCGAGAAAGUGCAGUGCCCACGGCUCACCUGUGCCAACCCCGUGCGCGCCAGCCCCUCUGACUGCUGCAAGCAGUGCCCAGCCCCAGAGAGGAGUGUCCCGGAGCUGGCUGACUCCAUGCAGGCAGACGCGCCGCGGUCGUGCCGCUUCGGGCGCCGCUGGUACCUCAACAACGAGAGCUGGCACCCGUCUGUGCCCCCCUUUGGGGAAAUGAAGUGUAUCCUGUGCUGGUGUGUGUCGGGGGAGACACACUGCCAGCGCCAGGAGUGCCCCCCAUCCGCCUGCACCAGCCCUGCCACGAGGGACAACCCCUGCUGUGCCAAGUGUCGUGCCCUUGAUGCCCCCUCAGACGCACGGGAGAAGGUCCAGGAUGCCAAGGUGGAGUCACGGAGCCACUGAGCAGUGACUGCUGCCCAGAGCGGGGCACGCACGCGGUGACGCUGGGUGGCACUGGGGGUCCCACUGCUCACUGGCCCUGCCCGUGCAGGGUGGGGGGCACAGAGGAGCACAGUGGGGUGCACAGGGCCUGGCCCCCAGCCUGGCCACCCCAUCUCAGCACGACUGCAAUGCCAGGACUGCCCUGCCCUUGUGCAGGGGGCAGUGGCCAGGUUCGUGGAGGUUGGGGCACCCGCUGCCCUGGCACUCCAAGUGCCCCUGGCCGGCGGGCAUCGUGCCCGUGUUGUACAUAGUGUAAAGUCCUUCUGGCCCCUGUUUGCUGCACCCACCCUGUCUCAGCCGGGUUUUUCACAUAAUUUAUGGUGCCAGUGGAUGGAGGUCAAGAUGUAUUUAUUAAAACCAGAGCUAUUGCCCA